AUGGAUACCAUAGAGACAGCAAAGCUUGAAGAGCACAUGGAAGUCCAGAACAAUGAAACUGCAAAUGGUUAUGCUCGACCCACACUCACUGUCAGUGAGGAGAACAAGAACAGCAGCAGCAAACCAAAGGGUUUAUCCAAUGGCUUGCGGAAAGGCACUAAGAAGUAUCCAGACUAUAUACAGAUUUCUAUGCCCGCUGAAUCUAGAAACAAACUUCCUUUAGAAUGGUGGAAAACAGGCAUUGCCUUUGUGUAUGCUGUCUUCAACUUAAUUCUAACGACUGUCAUUAUCACAGCGGUACAUGAGAGGGUGCCUCCCAAGGAGCUCAGUCCUCCAUUGCCAGAUAAGUUUUUUGAUUAUAUUGAUCGUGUAGAAUGGGCUUUUUCUGUAUCAGAAAUAAAUGGAAUUAUACUGUUUGGAAUAUGGACAAUCCAGUGGCUGUUUCUCAGAUACAAGUAAGUCGCACAGCUUCUUUUCUUCUUAUUAUUAAAGACCAAACUAGAUGUCAAUUAAAUACAUAGGCAGUUAUGUAACUUGUCUGUCUUUAACUAAUUAAUCACUUCCCUACAGGGCUCAGAAUAGAAAUCUGUUUUACGGCAUGGCUAGGGAUUUUAGAAAAAAAACUGUAUGAGGGGACUUCCAUUCCAAUCUCAAUGGGGGAGUGAUUCCUUUACAGUGAGAAUUGAGCUUCCUCAACCGUACAGUUAGCUUAGGAAAAACUGAUACAUAGUGAACAUUACACAUAGUAAGGACACAUCUAGUUUGGCCAUCCCUGAGAGAAUUCAGAGUUUUACCUAUUAAUCAUAAUUUACUUAUUAAUCAUGUGGACUUGCAAAAGAAAGGACUGAGAUACCAGAAAAAAGAUACAUUCAAGUCUACAAUAAUGCUUGCUAACAUUUUGGAUUAUCAGUUUUUCCUUCUUUAUAUAAUUAUGUUUAAAACAAAUGGAUUUGUAACAAAGAUGCAACAUAUUUAUAUUUAAUCUGAAUGUGAUUUAAGAUGCAGUCCUAUAGCAAUUUAUCUGGGAUUAAUUCCUGUUCAACUCAAUGGGACAUACUUCUGAUUGUUCAAUUCACCUAAAAGAAAAUUGCACAACAAAUAUUUAAUAUGUGCUACUAUCUGUAUUCCAGUUCAUCAGUGCCAAACCCUUCAUGCAGAGAGGAGUUCUAUGGUCACAGCCGCAUACAGGAAGCAGCUAGUAACAUGAUGAAUUAUGCAGCUUCCCAGAGUUGGUUGUAUGGGAAAUAAGCAAUCAAGUCUUGCAGGAAUUGUCACUGCUCUACAUCAGCUGUUUUACUCAAAAAUAUGUAUAUGCCACCUUCCUAGAAUCUAACCUUAAAAGUGAUAUACGACUAUGAUAACAGAUCCCAUAAGAUACACUUGGGUGGUCAAAUAAUAGAGAAGUGCAUGUCUUAGUAGUUCCACAAGUAUGAAUUGCUCUUUUUGGAGCAUAUUGGUCCGUAAGAUAGACAUAUUACACUCAAAUGUUGCAAAUCUUGAAAAAUCCAAAACUUUACCAUAAAAUUUAUGGUGUCAUUGGCUCAGUCCUGUGGAACAUUCUUCCAAUAGAGAUUCAGCAGGAAAUUUCCAUUUUAACCUUUAAACAUCUGCUGAAAACUUUUCUAUGAUGGUAGGUUUAUGUGGACAAUUAAGAAAACAUAUUCUGCAAUAGUUAGCUUGUUUGUGAUUUUAAAUUUUUGCUUGGUUUUUAUUGUGUAUGUAUAUAUAAUUGUUGCAAACCACUUUGAUAUUUUUUGGCAUUGCAGUAGAAAAGUAUUUUUUAUAAAUGAAUAAAUAAGAACGUGGCUGUAACAGUUUUCCUGUUGUACUCAUUAUCCUAUGCUAUGGAGUACAGAUUAAGAGUGGGAAAGAUAUCAUGUUGAAUUUUGCAGGCAUAGUCUUUUUAUGGAGUUGUACUUAUAGCAUAAUUACAUGAACAAUCUCUCUUUAAUAUUAUUUUUCAGAUCAAUAGUGGGACGAAGGUUCUUCUUUAUAAUAGGAACUUUAUACCUUUACCGCUGCAUUACCAUGUAUGUCACCACUCUCCCUGUGCCUGGAAUGCAUUUUCAGUGUGCUCCAAAGGUAAACCUAGUAAAUGCAAAUUAUAUUUAUUUUACAAAUCAGUUGGCUUGGAGUUCUUUAUCCAACCAAACACUUCCAGUCUCCUUCAGCUUGUGUUUCUUCUUAUUUUGUUCUCCCUAUGACAAACUAGCUAAAUGGAAAUUCUCAAGCCAAGGUUCAGCGGAUCCUGCAACUAAUUUCCGGCGGUGGACUGUCUAUAACAGGCUCACACAUCUUAUGCGGAGAUUUCCUGUUCAGUGGUCACACUGUAGUGCUAACACUCACUUACCUAUUUAUCAAGGAAUGUAAGUUUCAAUUUUUCAAUUUUUUUUUCUUUUCAUAAAUGCUUAGCAACACUACUCCACUGAUUUUUAUACUAGUUUCAGUAUUCUGUAUGUGCACCAAUCUAACCAAAUGCUUCUGAUUUUGGAUUGAAAAUAGCAGAAAGUCUGGGCCAGUUCUGACGUUUUGGCCAGUGCAUGAAAUACUUUUAAAAUUGCUCCAUUUGGUGACUCUUACAUGGUAGAUCAGUCAUGUGAAGCAGCUUACCAGGUUUUUCUGUGGGAAUGUAAUUAUCCCAAGGAAAAGUUUGUACUUAAGUGGAAAAUAUGGGCAGGACUGAAUUAAUGAGUGCCACCAGGAAACCACAGGAAAGGACUUCCACUGGCACAACUGGGGUUUCCCCUCUUCUUCCCCCAGGUGUCCCCUGAAGUUGACUUGGGUAAGGGAAGAGAACUCCUAGAACAGAAUGUGGGUGGAGGAAAGAGCAAAUUGAUAAACCAUGCAAGCAGCAAUGCUUGCGCUAAGAGCAAUCUGCUUUGCACUACAUUGAAUUCCUGUCUGUUACUCAGUUCACUUGAUGAACUGCUCCACACCUAAAGCCUUUCUUAUUUUCCUAAAUGUUUUGUAUGGUUUUAGGUGGUCUUAGUGUGGCAAUCCUAAUGUGCAAACUAGGCCUCAUGGUCUUAGUUUUUGGUUGUUUUUUAAACACAGCUAUCUAAUUUGGAUGGCUUGUUGCAAACUGUUCCUUCAGUUAGAAAAAAGAAAAGAUGUUUGUGUUCCCAAGCCUAAUUCAAUUACUAUAAAUUGGUGUAGGACAGAAAUAAUUGCUUAUCUUUCUCUUUGGCAUUGUCUUCCUUGUUGUUUCUUUUUGCCAUGAGGUCUCAUAAAAUAAAUAUUCCCUUAUUUAUUUACAUGUUUAUGCCACGCUUCCUUCAGAGAACUUGGGGUUGCAGAGGAGGUCCCUUGCACACUUUAUCCUCAUAACAACCUUAUGGGGUCAAGUAGGCUGAUAGAGAGUUCCUGGUCCAAUGUCAACCAAUGAUGGGUCUUCCAAGUCAUCUUCCAAAACUCUACCCACUUCACUACACCAGUUUGAAGUUCUAGAAGACUUACUCAUGAGUACUGUAUUUUGGUUGUUAGAAGGCUGGUGCUACAAAGAACAAGCAUGUCAAAAACUGGGUUACAUAUAAACUGGAAAACAUGCCUUUCAUUGGCAUAUGCAUGUUCCCAUUAACAUGAAUAUACCUAUGUAGGUUCUGUGAAGCCUGAAUAUGUGACAGUUUCUGGUAAUGUAAUAUACAUAUUACAUUUUAAUACAUUAGUGGAGGUGGGAGAACAUUAUGUGGACAUAAUGUUCCAUGAGUUGUUGGUAAAUAGCCGUUUCAUGCACUAUUUUAUGUGAGGAUGUUGUCACAGAUGUACUGUGGUCAUGUUUAAUAAUCCCAUUUAAUGUUGUUGUUUAGUUUACCUAUCUAGCAUUUAGCAUAUGCCCUUUGCAGAAAAAGAAAAAAGGAAGGAAGGAAGGAAGGAAGGAAAUUAUUACUGACAUGGGGCUGUUACAGCCAUUCUUCUUCACUAGAUUGUCCUGUAAACCCUGGAAUACUGCUGGCAGGGUUUUAUAAAUAAGUGGUGUGGACUGUACAUCAGGAUAUUAUCUACUAAUUUCUUGUUCCUGUAUGAUUAUGGGGGUGGGGAGAUGCUGUUUGAAGCAAGAGCAAAUACUGCUCCAUUAUUCUGAAGCUGAGUGCAAUAUGCUCCACUGAUCUUUCUGAACAGGCAUUUUGCCAAUCUGAAAGAUGCUUCCUGUGUUCUCAUCCCUGUUUAUCAAUAUAUUUAACUCCCUGGCCAGAGAUGGCUGUACAAGCUUCCUUCCCUCCAUUUUGACAUUUAUUUUUGGAAUGAGCAAUAAAAUGCAGUAGUGUACUGGUUUGUUUGUAUUUUUAGUUAAUUACAUAAAUUGGAUUAAAUUUAUUUGAAAUAGGUGCUGUUAUUCUUCAAAAAAUGCAAAGGAAAUGAAUGAUUCUCUGAUCUAAUUUUGCUAUCUUCUUUCCUUCCUGAAAUAUAAUUAUGAUUAGUGUGUUACCAUAUAAAAAGUGGCCAUGGAUUGAAAAAGAAAGAUAGUAAUAUGGUGGUGGGAACCAUUUACCCCUUUGAAUGAAGGGAUUAAUUUUCUUUUUUACUUGUAUGCUUUUAUGGAUGUCAGAUUGUUGCAGCACAAUUUUAAGAGAUCUUAAAAUGUAAGUUUUAUAUGAAGGGUUAUGGUAGUGAUGGUUCUGUAACACUCCUUCCAUUACCUGCCAGUAUGUCCCUUCCUCAUAGUGUCAGAUAGCAAAGACGAGUGACAAGAGGCUUGCAGCAAGUUGGAAGAAUAUGGGGAAUAUGGGGAACAGGUAGUAAAUCUGAUCAUUCUUGAGCUAGGUGGUACUCUUUGGGUGCCAGAUUGGAGCCCAUAUUGCUAACCCAUCUUUAUAAAGCAAUGUUGGUGGUGCAGAUUAUGCAAUUGGCCUUGAACAUAGGAGACUGCCAUUGGUCCAUCUAGUCCAGUCCUAUUUACACCAAGGGCAGUAGCUCUCCAAAGUCUCAGGCAGAGGUUUUUUCCUUGAUGGAAAAUUACUUAAAUUGAAUAAUCCAAGGAUUAAGCCAGAUACCUUCUGCAUGGCAGUUGUGUAUUCUGCCAUAUCCCCUAGGAGCAUUAGUCAGAUGUGUAUUGUAUGCAAACCCAGCCAGCAGCAUAGUGCAAAUUGAGCAAAUCAGCUGAUUAGCCAGCAUUCAUAUAUUUAUCUCCUGUUAAAUUUACUCUAUGGGAUCAAAUUAUAUGGCAACAUGUUCCUGUGAACUAAAUAUAAUAUUUUAGUUUAUGUCUGUGUGUGUGCAUGUGUAUAUCCAUGCAUUUGCAUUCACAAAUUAGUUCAUAUUCAUCUGUUUUGCUGCUCUAGAUACAGUUCCCAUAUUAAACCUCUUUAACAUGCUUUCCUUCUUGGGCAGAUUCACCUCGUCACUUUUGGUGGUAUCACUUGAUCUGCUGGUGUAUGAGUGUUGCUGGAAUAAUCUGCAUCCUAGUAGGACAUGAACAUUAUACUAUAGAUGUUGUCAUUGCGUAUUAUAUCACCACAAGGCUCUUCUGGUGGUAUCACUCAAUGGCUAAUGAAAAGGUGAGUAACGGGAAUACCAGCUUCUAAAUUAAUGUUAGGUACUUGAGAUAUAUAGUACUGCUUUACAAAAUGUUAAAAUGAGAUUGCUGAAUUAUGCUGGACUUUUUAAAGGCAUUUUUACUUUCCCCCUGGAAAUCUCAUGGGUCAACAUCUAAGAAAAUAUUGGUAUAAUCCAGAAAAAAGUUAGUCAUGGUGAAGUUUAUUUGAAUUUAAGGCACUAACAUCCCAGUCCUACAUUGAGGAGUAAGACCUGCCUUUUCAAUCAGCUGUACUUUCAAUUAAAUGUGCACAGGAAUCCCAACAUAAACAUCUAACUGCGUACAUUUGUUGCAACUGUGUUUUGGUAAAUCAUAUCCAGUACCUUAAUUACACUAUACACGUGAAGCUUUAAAAAAAAAGUCUAUCACAAAUCUGGUUCAGUUUAAAUGAAUACCUUUCUAAAUUACUGGAACUUCCUUUACUUAAUUGUGAACCAGUUAACGGUAAGUGGAGAGGCAUUUUCACUACGUGAAAGGAAUGCUGGUCAAAAAUAUUGUAGUUAGUCUGGAAAACAAAUAAAGCCAUUUGCUGUAAGUAGCACAAAAAAUGACCAAAAGAAAAUUUCUAUAUGAGGUUAAGCAGGUUUGAGCUGCCUUAUUACCUUCAUGGGAGUCUAGGAAUCCCACGUGUAUGUCUCUGAGCUCCUUGGAGUAAUACGAGGAGUUAAUAAAUAAUAUUACUUUGCCUGGUUUUACUUUACUGCCCUCUGUUUCAAAUGGCGUCAGUUAUUACAAAAUUCCAGCACGAAAACCAAUAUGGAGUUGAAGGACAGGGAGAAACCGAUUGUCCUAUCUGAAUUAUACCUAUGUUUUAUAUGCUUUUUACUCCAUGGAAGUGCUUUCUUUCUAAGGAAGAAAUAAGAAUUAUUCUAGUGGUUUAAAUAUGUCUCUUUUAAAGCAGUCUCAGCAGGAUCUUAAUAUAUUUUCUCCCCCCUCUUAAUGCAGAACUUGAAAAUCUCGUCACAGACAAACUUUCUCUCUCGAGCAUGGUGGUUUCCAAUAUUCAAUUUCUUUGAAAAGAAUAUACAGGGCUCCGUGCCUUGCUGUUUCUCAUGGCCAAUAUCUUGGCCCCCUAGCUGUUUCAAGUCUUCAUGCAAAAAAUAUUCCCGAGUUCAGAAAACGGGAGAGGACAAUGAAAAAUCCACCUGA